UGACCAAUUCAAAACGACUACUCGGCGAAGUAGACUUCAAGACCUCGCCGGCGAACUUCAGCGUUAAGCGGGGACAGUGUCCCACUCAAUUCGCCGGCGAAGGGUGGCGAAAUGGGGGUGGAAGGAACAUUAGGAAUCUCCUUGAGAUCAUUUAGAAAGAGGAGGUAACAUGGUUUGGCACCGCCCGCUUCAACCCUGUAGAUAGGAUGAACAUGAUCGCGAUCGAGAUCGCGCUAGUCUUUGCCCUUCUUCAUUUGGUUUGUGCACAGGAAGGUUUUAUUAGCAUUCAGUGUUGUGCACCAUCAAAUUUUACUGAUCAAGGAACUAACUUAAAAUGGACAUCGGAUGACCAUAUAUUUAAUGGUGCUGGGAGAUGCGAGAACUUUUCUGCUUCUGGAACUUCUGGCCAUAAAAUUGCCCGUAUCUUUAAUGAGAGUUAUUCUAAAAGGUUCUGCUAUUAUCUUCCUGUAAUUAAAAGCCAGAAAUACCUAGUGAGGGCUACAUUUAUGAAUGGCAAGUUGCCCCAAUUUUUAACGGGAAACACCUUUAACUUUUCAAUUGGAUCCACAUCAAUCUCUCAAAUUAAUUCAUCGUUAGAAUAUUUGGAGGUAGAAGGUAUCUAUGCGGCCACUGAUUACCACACAAGCUUCUGCCUUCGAAGUGAGGAUGGUAAUGCUUAUAUAUCGAAGUUAGAGUUGAGGCCAUUAAACGAUGCUUUUUACCUUCAAGGCUAUUCGUCUAUGAUUCUGAAGUUGGUUACUCGUAUCGAUCUUGGAAAUAAGAAUCUCGAUUACCGGUUUCCCAAGGAUCUUGCAGACCGCAUUUGGCAUGUUGAUUAUGAGGAAGCAGGUUUUAUUAGAGGCAAGAUACUGGAAUCACCUAAUACAACUGUGCGUGGAUCUAAUGUUUCUGUUCCACUAGAAGUUCUCCAGACGGCUAUCACGGAUAAUGAACGGUUGAUAUUUAAUCUGAAGAGUCUUGUGACAGACCAUGAUGACUUACUUAUUGUUCUUCAUUUCCUCGAGCUUGAUGUCAAUGUGCAAACUAGGCAAAGGGUCUUUGAUAUAUAUGUUAAUGGUUAUAAAAAGCAAGCCAACUUCGAUAUAUUGGAUAAUGAGAAUUUUUCUAACUACAGAGUAGUCACCCUUCGGGUGAAAUCAAAUGGUUUUCUCAAUAUCUCUUUAGUCAAAGUUCAGGUCAAUGGUAAAUAUGGGCCGAUUUGCAGUGCUUAUGAGAUCUAUCAGGUGCUCCGAAGAAACACUGAAACGAUUCAAAGAGAUGUGGUUGCUGUCAUGAAACUCAAGCAUGAGCUGAUGGUGGAAAAUUCUAAACAUGAGGUCUUCAGGAGUUGGCAAGGCGACCCAUGUAGUCCUGCUUCCUGGCUUGGCAUGGCCUGUGAAGAGAAGAAUGGUUCUUCUGCCAUUACAAAGAUAAAUCUUUCAUCAAUGAACCUCCAAGGAGAAGUUCCUGCAGUAAUUGGAGAUCUUAUAGAACUUACCGAAUUGGAUCUGCGGUAUAAUAAUUUUUCUGGGUCUAUUCCGGAUUCCUUGGCUUCUCUUCCUAAUUUGUCAAAACUAUCCAUUGAAUGCAACCCACAGCUAAGCAGCCAGAUUCCAUCCAGCUUGUCAAGUAGAAAAAAUGUUACUCUCUUCUCUGGGUGUAUUGCUUCAACUCCUCAAAAAAGUAAUAUUCAUGUCAUGGGCACUGUCGCUGGUGCAUCUUUUGCAGCAACACUGGGAAUUAUUUUUAGCUGCUUUUACAAGCGUCCUCGUCGAACCUUGAAAAGGGGUUACCCAGUUACUAAGACUUUGGGGUUCGCAGACCCCAGCAUCCAAUACACUCUCAAUAAACCUGGAUCUGAAGUGAAGACUUUCUCUCUUGAGUACAUUAAAAAAGCAACCUGUGGUUACCAAACUUUAAUAGGUGAAGGUGGGUUUGGGACAGUUUAUCGUGGUACACUUUCACUUGGUCAAGAAGUUGCGGUGAAGGUGCGGUCAACCACAUCAGUGCAGGGGACACGUGAGUUUGAUAAUGAGGUAAACUUCCUUUCGAAACUUUGGCAUGAGAACUUGGUUCCACUCCUCGGUUACUGCUGUGAAAGUGAUCAGCAAAUUCUAGUAUACCCUUUCAUGUCCAACGGUUCUUUACAAGAACGGCUAUAUGGGGAGGCAUCAAAAAGAAAAGUUCUAGACUGGCCAACACGACUUUCUAUUGCGCUCGGUGCUGCUAGAGGUUUACAAUAUUUGCAUACCUUUCCUGGACGAUGCAUAAUUCAUCGUGAUGUGAAGUCCAGCAAUAUUCUUCUGGAUCAUAGUAUGUGUGGUAAGGUGGCGGACUUUGGUUUUUCUAAAUAUGCACCACAAGAGGGGGAUAGUGGCGCUUCUUUGGAAGUCAGAGGAACAGCCGGUUACCUUGAUCCUGAAUAUUAUUCGACCCAACAACUAUCAACAAAAAGUGAUGUGUUUAGCUUUGGAGUGGUUCUUCUAGAAAUUGUCACCGGGAGAGAGCCGCUAAAUUUACAAAGGCCCCGCAGCGAAUGGAGCUUAGUUGAAUGGGCUAAGCCAUACAUUAGGGAACAAAGGAUUGAUGAGAUUGUGGACCCAAAGAUUAAGGGUAGCUAUCAUGCAGAGGCAAUGUGGCGCAUCGUCGAGGCCGCAUUGGCAUGCAUCGAACCUUUCUCUGCUUACCGACCUAACAUAGUUGACAUUGUUCGUGAACUCGAGGAUGCCCUCAUCAUCGAGAAUAAUGCGUCGGAGUACAUGAGAUCCAUUGAAAGCUUUGGCGGCUCUAACCGUUUCCAAUAUUCGAUCGACCGGAAGAUACCUGCAUUAGCUAUAGCUUCCUCAGAGCCGUCUGCAUUUUGCCAGAUUAUUGCUCCCCAGCCCAGAUGAGUUUAUAUUGAAUUCAAAACAAAUUGUAAUGAUAUUAUAAUUAUUAGAUUUCUUUGAGAUGAAUUUGAGAUAUA